AUGGCUUGCCUUCUGCCUGAAAGGGUGACAUCUGGCAAGUGUACACUGGAGUAUGACCAGAACAUGGAGUGCCCAAGGGACGAGUGUCUGAGUGCUCUCGUUUGGUCCAUGCAGCUGUGCUGGCCAGUGAGUAAAGGACCCAUGAAGCGGGUGCGAGGGCUGGGGUGUGGGCAGAGGUACUGGGCGGGCAGGAGGGCUGUGCCCAUACUCGAGGCAUCCGUGAACGUGUGUGUGGUUGUGAACCUAGAGGGGGGGGCAGGUGAUUUCACCGAUGAACUUGCUACCUCUACCAGCCAGAGAAGAGGAGGCAACUUGGCUGCCUGUGUUUAUGUCUUACGGCUCUCGGUGCUGCGGGUGGCGUACGGGGACGUGUUUCAGCUCGGAGUCUUCUGCACGGACCCCAUCCCCAAAGGAGUCCGCUUCGGUCCUUUCCAAGGCAAAGUGGUCAACACCAGCGAGAUCAAGACUUACGACGACAAUUCGCUGAUGUGGGAGAUCUUCGAAUAUGGGCGGCUGAGCCACUUCAUAGACGGGAAGGGCCCCUCUGGCAACUGGAUGUCCCUGGUGAACUGUGCCAGGUUCCCCGAGGAGCAGAAUUUGACGGCUAUCCAGUGCCAAGGGCAAAUCUUCUACGAGAGCUGCAAGGAAAUCUUGCCGAAGCAGGAGCUGCUGGUGUGGUACGGCGAUUGCUACGUGCAGUUUCUGGGCAUCCCCAUCAGCCUGAAGGGCAUGCCGGAGGGGAAGAAACCCCCGCAGCACCCCGAAGAAGCCGGGGAGAGCUUUAAGUGUGAGCGCUGCGGCAAGGUUUUUGCCUACAAGUACUACCGGGACAAGCACCUCAAGUACACUCGCUGCGUGGACCAGGGGGACCGCAAAUUUCCUUGUCACCUUUGUAACCGAUCCUUCGAAAAAAGAGACAGGCUGAGGAUCCAUAUUCUCCACGUUCACGAAAAGCACAGACCACACAAGUGCUCAGUGUGUGGGAAGAGCUUUUCUCAGUCCUCCAGCCUGAACAAACACAUGAGGGUUCACUCCGGUGAGCGCCCCUACAAAUGUGUCUACUGCAACAAGGCAUUCACAGCAUCCAGCAUCCUGCGCACUCACAUCCGCCAGCACUCGGGGGAGAAGCCCUUCAAGUGCAAGCACUGCGGCAAAGCCUUCGCCUCGCACGCAGCCCACGACAGCCACGUGCGCCGCACGCACAGCAAGGAGAAGGUCUCCACUUGCUUGGUGUGCGGCCAGCACUUCCUGCAGCAGGAGGAUUGCCACUUCCACAUGAAGAUUCACACCACUCAUUAG